UAUUCGGAAUCAAAAAUCGAAAUAAUCAAUUAAAUUCAGCUGCUGCUCUACUUUGCUCCUGCCUCGAUUUGAGAGCUUCACCUCUUUCAUACUCCGAUCAUCACUGAAUUUGUAAAAUACUCGUGUCGAGAUGAUUCUCCCUAGAUUUGUGCAUCUGUUGGUGGUGAGCAUUUUCCUGGGCGUGUGUGAAGCUGGGUUGACCAGCAGCUAUGUGCGAGAGACUGGGAUUGCCACAGAUAUGCCACUCGACAGUGAUGUAUUUCGCGUUCCUCGUGGUUAUAAUGCUCCUCAGCAGGUUCACAUAACACAAGGAGAUCAUGAAGGCAGAGGGGUCAUUGUCUCGUGGAUUACACCAGAUGAAGCUGGUUCCACUUCAGUGCUCUACUGGGCUGAAAAUAGCCAGCAUAAGAAAACUGUAAAUGGCGAUGUUGUUAGAUACAAGUAUUACAAUUAUACCUCUGGUUACAUUCAUCAUUGCACAAUCAAUGAUUUGGAGUUUGAUACCAAAUACUACUAUGUGGUUGGGUGUGGGAACGUGACACGAGAAUUUUGGUUCGUCACACCUCCCCGACCAGGGCCUGAUGUUCCUUAUACGUUUGGGCUUAUAGGUGAUCUGGGUCAGACUCGCAAUUCAAAUCAGACGGUAACUCAUUAUGAGAUGAACCCUGCAAAAGGACAGUCAAUCCUGUUUGUUGGAGACCUCUCAUAUGCGGAUAGUUAUCCGUUGCAUGACAACACAAGGUGGGAUACAUGGGGAAGAUUCGUAGAGAGAAAUGUGGCUUAUCAACCAUGGAUCUGGACUGCUGGGAAUCAUGAAAUCGAUUAUCUUCCAGAUAUAGGUGAAACUAUACCUUUCAAACCAUUCACACAUCGAUAUUGGACGCCAUAUAAAGCAUCUAAUAGCACGUCUCCUCUUUGGUACUCAAUCAAGAGAGCUUCGGCCUACAUCAUUGUCCUAUCUUCAUAUUCAGCUUACGCGAUAUAUACCCCUCAAUAUAAGUGGUUCACAAAUGAGCUAACUAAAGUGAAUAGGACCGAAACACCGUGGCUAAUUGUACUCAUGCAUAGUCCAUUGUAUAGCAGCUAUGUUCAUCACUAUAUGGAGGGAGAGACUAUGCGAGUUACGUACGAAGAAUUCCUCGUGAAGUACAAAGUUGAUGUGAUCUUUGCUGGUCACGUGCAUGCGUAUGAGCGAUCUGAGCGUAUAUCGAACAUACAGUACAACGUGGUGAAUGGACUGUGCACUCCUAUCAGUGACGACUCUGCUCCGGUCUAUAUCACCAUUGGAGACGGAGGAAAUCAAGAGGGCUUACUAUACGAGAUGACAGAGCCACAGCCGGCGUACUCAGCUUAUCGCGAACCCAGCUACGGCCAUGGCAUUUUCGACAUAAAGAACCGGACUCACGCCUACUUCGGUUGGCAUCGUAAUCAGGAUGGUUUCGCUGUGGAAGCAGACUCUCUAUGGCUUGUUAAUCGGUAUUGGAAAACCAUUGCAGGAAAGAGUUCAGUUGCUUAACUGAGGUUGGUGAGUUCCACUUGUUAUGUGAGUUAACACAAAAUAUCAUAUUGCUUUUCAGAUAUUCCAAUAAUAAACAGAGAAAAUGUGCAACACUACUUAGUUUGUCUGGUUUAUUUAGUUUCUUGAGUUCCUAUAAA